CGUCGACUUAUACUUCUGAGUACUACGGUUCGGAUGAAGAUGAGUUGUCGGAACACAGCUUGAGCACCACGGUAAAGAUCAACAUCCAAAUGGAAAAGGACGGGCUCGGGUUCAUAAUCAUCCAGAACGGGCCUUAUCUCCAGCUCACGGGCCUGGUGGAGAACAGCGCCGCAGCCAGAGAUGGAAAACUGCAAGAGGGGGACGUGUUCCUUAAAAUUGGGCACGCAAACGUCUUGGGGUGGACGCUGCGCGAACUCCGGCAACUUCUGCAAGGCACCCCCAUCGGGACCGCUCUGCAGAUCCAGGUCUAUAGGGAUUUUCUCGCACUGCCCAGCAGGUGGACAUCCGUGAUGGACCACAUUCCGGAAAAAUCCGGGACCAAUUCAGCCAGCGAUGUCAGUGAAGAGAGCUGGACGAGCAGCGAAGGCACGGACGAACCCGAAGAUCACACGCAGGAAACAGACAGCGAAGGAGAUCGCCAAACCACCCCUGACAGUCGUGCUGUGCAAGAGGAAAACGUUGCCCCCGACCCAGCUCCUCCGAUUAAAACAGUACACUACCAAGAUACGUGUGAGGAGCCAGAAGGGGCCAAAGCCACACGCCACGCCCCGGCCACACAAAUGUCUCACUUUGGGCCUUCCCCACAACCUCAGUUUAUCUCCAGAGAUUGGCACUUCUUUGAAAGGAAAAAACACACCUUCACCGUGGGCUCGGACAUCGGCUGUGACAUUAUGAUCCAUAAAGAUCACAGGGAAAAAUCGAGAUGGUCUUCGCCCUACUGGACUAUGCCGAAAGCGAACAUUGCUUCGUCGUCGUCUUCCUCUUCCUUGUCGGAGGUGUUCUGGCUCACAGAUUCUGCUGAGGACAGGGAGUAAUCACGCGGGCAGCUUCUGCUUGCCGAAACUGGGUUUUUUGGGACAGCACUCGCUUCAGAUGGAUUUGCACACUCACGUCCCUGAAUUGGACUACGCUUUCCUGCGCUUGGUGAUCAGAAAACUCGAGAAGAGAGGAUGCCCCGCCUCCUAAAACGGUGACGCCGGUGGGGAAAACUGUGACUCUUCACACCUGUUUCUGGAAGCCUUGAAAUCAGAUUUGCAAGAGGUAAAUAAUGAUUUCUGGUGCAAACAAAUGACCCUAGCCCAGCCCUAUCGGGUUGGCC